UAUAAGGGAAGUUUGACAAGUUCGACUCACUUUUCCUCCUGAUCCCAAACUUAGAUUUCAACUUUGCCUGAGAGUAAUUAUUUCAAGUGGCGGAAAAAGUCCAUCUGGAGCAUCUUGUUUAUCGCGGUAACUUUACAGCUAAUUCUCCCUGAAUAUGGGUGAUUGGAGUGCUCUGGGUCGUCUGCUGGACAAGGUUCAGGCCUACUCUACUGCUGGGGGGAAGGUCUGGCUGUCGGUACUCUUCAUCUUCAGGAUCCUGGUGCUGGGUACUGCAGUGGAAUCAGCCUGGGGAGAUGAGCAGUCAGCCUUCAAGUGUAACACCCAGCAGCCUGGUUGCGAGAAUGUCUGUUAUGAUAAAUCCUUCCCUAUCUCCCAUGUUCGCUUCUGGGUUCUCCAGAUCAUCUUUGUGUCAACACCCACACUUCUUUACCUGGCUCAUGUCUUCUAUCUAAACAGGAAAGAGCAGAAACUCAACAGGAAGGAAGAGGAGCUUAAGGCUGUUCAAAAUGAUGGGGGUGAUGUUGACAUACCUUUAAAGAAGAUUGAGUUGAAAAAGCUAAAAUAUGGUAUUGAGGAACAUGGCAAAGUCAAGAUGAAAGGAGCCCUCCUCAGAACCUAUAUAGUCAGUAUUUUCUUCAAGUCUAUGUUCGAAGUGGGCUUCCUGGUUAUUCAAUGGUACAUAUAUGGGUUCAGUCUGAGUGCAGUCUACACCUGUGAGAGGCCCCCAUGUCCACACCGGGUGGAUUGUUUUUUGUCCCGUCCCACAGAGAAGACGGUUUUCAUUAUUUUCAUGCUGGUGGUCUCACUGGUGUCAUUGCUGCUCAAUGUCAUUGAGCUUUUCUAUGUGUUCUUUAAGAGGAUCAAAGAUCGUGUAAAAGGCAAACAACAACCUACACUGUACCCUAGUGGAGGCACCUUGAGCCCUACCCCUAAAGAACUCUCCACUACAAAGUAUGCCUACUAUAAUGGUUGCUCAUCCCCAACUGCCCCACUUUCACCUAUGUCCCCCCCUGGCUACAAGCUUGCCACAGGUGAGCGGGGAACUGGCUCAUGUCGUAACUAUAACAAGCAGGCCAAUGAGCAGAACUGGGCCAACUACUCCACAGAACAGAACCGGCUUGGACAGAAUGGUGGAGGAAGCACUAUUUCAAACUCCCAUGCACAAGCCUUUGAUUUCCCUGAUGAUACCCACGAGCAUAAGAAACUGUCUUCCUCAGCAGGACAUGAGCUGCAGCCACUAGGGUUGAUGGAUGCCAGGCCUUGUAGCCGGGCUAGCAGCAGAAUGAGCAGCCGAGCCAGGCCAGAUGACCUGGAUGUUUAAAACAAGGCCUCUCCUCUGUCCACCUCUCCCUGGCUGACAGAAUUUGUGCAGCCAGAAACAUCAGGAAACACUUGAUCGCAUAGGUUUAUUUGAGAGUUGGGUCUAACCUCAAUCACUGUCUUCAGUAUAGAGACUUUUAGUCAAAGAGACAUUAAAACCUAUUAUGUAAUAUUGUCAAAGGUACAAGUAUUUUCUGACUGAGUUUUACUUUUUAGUGCUGUUAACCCAGCUUUAGGAGAAUAUUGCAGCCACAUGAAUUCUGAUGACCCUAAUCCUAAGAGUCAAACAGAAGCACCAGUCAUAAUUUGUUCAAGAACACAGCCCCACAGUGGUUAAAUUGACAACUUUGGUUUUAAUUUGGCAAUGUUACAUAAAGGAAUACUUAUUUUUCUUGUUUCAUUCAAUGUUCCUGCUGUUUUUCCAGUUGAUAUAAUCUGAAGGUAUAGCAGCAGCUUUACAGCAGGGUGCAUUCAUUUUAGACAUCUGAUACAAAUCAGCCUAACAGACAAAUUUUGGUUCAUUUAUGUUCAGUCAUGUUCAGUGAGCACUGUACUUGUCUAAUUAAAGAUAGCAAGCUACAAAUCAUUGUACCUGUACAUCAAAAUGCCGUAAUCUGCCCUAAAAAUGAUCUAAAUGCAUAAUUUAACACUGAAAAUGCAAGAUGAAGGGGAACGCUCAUUCACCCAUGGAGAACUGGGAUAACAAGUUUGCUGUUUAAACAUGCAUUUUAUAGUGCAGGUAGGUAGUAGGUAGCAGUGUGGUACAGGGCUGCUAUUCCAACCUAUAUGUCCUAUCCUUAAUGAUUAAAACUCAAAACUAUUUUCAUUGUCCCAAAGAUGUGUUAAUCUCACUUGCCAUCUUCUUAUCUAAUUUGUCAGUUUUAAUAAUAUUUGUUUGUCUCUUAGUCACAACACAAAGUUAUUGUCUGUGCUAUUGUAUGAAGAAAUCUACUCUAUACAAAGUGUUAAUAACUUGGCUCAUUCUCUGACAGUAACUAACACUAAGGGGUUUAUAUGUUUUGUAAAUUAAUAUUUAUUGCCAGACAUCUUUAGGACAACCACUAAGACAAAAAAAUUGACUACUAUUCAGUAUCUUUUACUCAAAGCAACCUUCCCACAUCAACUGCACCCCCACAAAUUGUUUAUUUAUUAAGAGUAAAACAUGUAUUUUGUUUUGUUUUGUUUGUUGGUUUGUUUUAACUUCAGUCAUCACUAUGGACUGUUAUUACCUGAUAAACUUUGAAAUUGUGUAGUUUAAGGAUUUAGCUCUUUUGUGUUUUUGGGGUGUGCACAAAAGUGGUAGGGAUGAUGGUUCAAAUUGCUGUGACGGCAAAAUCUGUCUGUUCUAUGAAGAAAGGCUUUAUUACUGUCUUUUUAUUUGAUGAAAAGUUUUUUUUUUAUCCUUUGUGAGUCACAAAGACACUAGAAUGAUUAUCUGCAUUUUACAUAUUAGAUUUUUUUGUUGCUCUGUAGGUAUUAUUUUUCAGUCUCAAUGUAACAAAUGCUGCUUGAGAAGUAGAGAUUAGUACUGUAAAUCAAGCUUACUGUGUCAUAAAAAAAUGUGAGUUUGUAGAAGACUGCUCAUAGAUGUGGACUAAUAUUUAGUCAUUUAUAAUAAAGAUAUGCCAGUGUAGGUCCACAACUACCAAACACUAAGAUAAAUUGAUUUGGAUGUCUUUCAUUGCAAUUUUGCUUAAAUUGUCAGUUGUUCAUUAUUUUAGCGGUACUUACAUAUGUAAUGGAUCUUUUGGCUACAAUGGAAUUUGCACUGAGAACUUGGCAGUAGACAUGUAAUACACACAGUAUGUGGUAAGAGUUUUCUGAAAAACAUGUUACUAAUUUAUUUUAGAACGCAGACAUGAAUAUAGUGCAUAAUAUCAGGCUUUUGACCACUGGUUUCACCAAAUUAUUUCUGUGAGGUACAGCAACGUUUUCCACUGACAGAACAGGAGCAAUAAUUAUUUGUUGAAGUUAUUCAGAUAAUGCUCAUGUGUGGAGAUCCACUGCUACAUAUGACAGUAAAAAAGAAAGUUCCUAAGUGUAUUUGUGAAGAGCUGUUUGAAACAAUAAACAUUUUUCUUUCUUAAGCACUGA